UUAAUUCUCUUGUUGGGGGCACUUCCUUCGUUUUUUCUGUGUCUGCUUUUGCUGGGGGGAUUCACCGGAACCCUGAAAACUACCGCCGGCGACCAUGGGUAUUUCACGGGAUUCCAUGCACAAGAGGCGUGCCACUGGAGGAAAGAAGAAAGCUUGGAGGAAGAAGAGAAAGUAUGAGCUUGGUAGACAGCCAGCAAACACAAAGUUGUCAAGUAACAAGACAGUGCGUAGGGUGAGGGUUCGUGGUGGUAAUGUGAAAUGGCGCGCCUUGAGGUUGGACACAGGGAACUAUUCUUGGGGUAGUGAGGCUGUGACCAGGAAGACUCGUAUUCUCGAUGUGGUUUAUAAUGCUUCGAACAAUGAGUUGGUUAGGACCCAAACUUUGGUGAAGAGCGCAAUUGUUCAGGUGGAUGCUGCACCUUUCAAGCAGUGGUAUCUUCAGCACUAUGGAGUUGACAUUGGUCGCAAGAAGAAAGCUGCGGCCAAGAAGGAAGGAGAGGAGGCCGAGGGUGCUGUAGAAGAGACGAAGAAAAGCAACCAUGUUGAGAGGAAACUGCAGAAGCGUCAACAGGAUCGCAAGCUUGAUCCACAUGUUGAGGAGCAAUUUGGCAGUGGACGUCUUUUAGCUGCAAUCUCUUCACGCCCAGGCCAGUGUGGUCGUGCUGAUGGAUAUAUUUUGGAGGGCAAAGAGUUGGAGUUUUACAUGAAGAAACUUCAAAGGAAAAAGGGAAAGGGUGCCAGCGGGGCUUCCUAAAUUUGUCUCGAACUAAGAAAAAUCUCUCAAAAUCGUUUUAUCUCUCACGCUUUCUUUAAGACAGAAGUUUGCUCGAUCUUUCUCCUGUUUAGUUGAAAUUUUGAACUGUCGUGUAAUGAAUUUUCUAGAAAUAUUAUUCUUCUAUGUCUCUGGGUAAUAGCAUUACAGUGCUGUUGUGCUAAUAACAUGCUCUAAUUGCUAUGGUGCA